GCGGUGGAGGACUUUUGGACCGCGAGAAGAUUCGGACGCCUCGAGAAAGGUAAAGUGAAAGCAAAUACACGGUGGAUGACCGACGAGUGAACCUCGGACUCGGCAAGGGCCGAGGGUGUCUCGAACCGCGUAUCGACUCAAAAGGAAUCGAGCAUCGAUCGACGGAAGAACGGUCGAUGCAGAGGAGGACUCUCGACUCGCUCGGAAACGGAAGGACCGAAGAAACUCGCGUUACCUUAAAUCUGGAUCCUCGCCUCGGGCGAGCAGCCGUUGUUCCCGCGAGGGCACGCAAGUGGGGGUAAGGCUAGUCGUUGGCGCGCUUCGAAAGCCCGCACGGGAAGGCAAUCUGCUCGAAUCCGGCGGAGCGCGAGCAGGUUAUCCCGUGGUGAGCGCGUUUCUCGUCGGGCCGCUAUUGGAGAAAGGAGUCGAGAGAUCGGACUUGGCCGCAAGGAGAAACAGAGAUCGACUCGGAGCCGUGAAACGAGCCAGGAACAUCGGAGCGAAAGAGACCAAGAGGAGGGAGGAACGAAGAGAAGGGCACACACGUCCAUAGGUAGUCACGAGCUUCGACGAAGCGCCUGCGCUCGCGAGCACUCCUCGCCGUCACCUCGUCGCAUCGACCACGCUCUCGUCCACGUAGCCGGGACCGACAGCCGACGCGAAAGCUCGCGCCACGAUGAAUCGCGACCGCCGUCGGCCCGUCGGACAGAAUGUCAUUCUGUUUCGCUAAUCGGACGCAGGAAGCCACGACGAACCGUGGCGUCGAUUGGCUCCUGCGCCACCGCGACUCACCAACUGGCUCAACUUACUUGUGACUCUGUGUGGGUGUGAGUGCGAGUGCACGCGGAUCGAGCCGACUCGCUGGCAUCGCGAAACGUCAAAACCGAAACCGAUACGAUCCUCUCGGUUCGAACUUUCCGCGGAAUAUUUUCUUGUGCAAAGACCGACACGACUCCAUCCGUUGCGAAGAAUCGCGAAACAAGACCCACCCACCGAAUCCAGUCGCGAGUCAACAAGGGUGCGCGAAGAACCGAGGCGUAGGCGUCGGCGUCAACGUCGGGACACUGAGGGACAUCGGGACGAGCCGAAAGCUGUGGAAAUAACCGUCGGAUGCAAAAGCAGGAAGAGGAACGGCUCGAGCUUAGGGACGGCGUAGCUGCAGAAGUGGAAGCAGAGGGGGACGGCGAGGAGGAGGAGGAGCUGGUGCCCGGUGUGGAGGGGGUGGAGGUGAUCGUCUGGUGAUGAUGAUCGGUGGCGGCGUCGCGACCCCUCCUGGUACUGCCAAGUCGGCGGCUGCGAUCGACAGCGAAAUGGUGCAGGUCGACGGCAUUGGCAGUGGUAGUGUCAGUGGCAGUGCUAGUGGUAGUGGUAGCCCCGCGACAGGCGCGACUACUACGCGUCUCACCGCCGCCAGUAACGCCACCGCCAACAACAAUAACAACAACAACAACAACAAUAAUAACGGAGACGUUGCAAAUAAUAACAACAACGAAGUUCACCAGGCGGUGAAUUGCAGCGGCGGAUCCACCGCGGCUGCCGACAAGUUUUGCUGUCACGACGACGAUGCACCCGUUAGCACCGGCGUCGCGCGGCCUUGGGAACCACCCUCGCCGACCUUCUCGCAGACGAGGUCGCAUCUGCUUCGAGUUCAUCCGCCACAUCCUCAUCAACAUCCAGCUGCGCACCACCAUCAACAGAUGACCGUGCCGCCGGUGUCUUUGAUCGACGGCGUGAGCUUGCAAAACUGUACCGCGGGGCCAUUUGCUAGCGGUAAUGGCGGCGGAGCCAGUCGACAACGAUUGUUGGAGCUGUCGCAUGGAUUAGGUGCUCUCAGACACUACAACGAUCUGGCCAACCAUGUGUUGUCGUUGAAUCAACAAGGUGCUGUCGUCACGAAACUUUUGGGUACGCUACGUCCGCCAGGUUUAAUCGGUGGCAGUAAGCCAAAAGUCGCGACGCCGGCCGUAGUCGCCAAGAUCGAGCAAUACAAGAGAGAAAACCCGACCAUCUUCGCGUGGGAGAUUCGAGAGAGACUCAUCUCCGAAGGCGUCUGCAGCAACGCUACAGCGCCAUCCGUGAGCAGCAUCAACCGAAUACUGCGGAAUCGCGCCGCGGAACGGGCGGCUGCGGAAUUCGCAAGAGCAGCCGGAUACGGAUUAUACGCCGCUGGGCCGCAUCCGUAUUUCAACAGCGCCCAUCAGCAUCCGACGACGAGCCACCAUUUGCCCGCCGGCUGGCCGGCGCCAGGGGCGACGGGACAUCCUUGGAUGUUGCCGCCGUUGGCUACCGGAAUCUCAGGCGCUGCUUCCGCUCUGCUGCUGCCCCCGUCCUUGAGCCCAGGAGCUGCCGCUGCCGCGGCCGCAGCCGCCUCCGCGUCGGCGGCAGGCACAGCGGACCACUCCCUGCACGCUGACGCGAUCGCUCGGGGAUAUUUGCAAGACGGUGACGGAGACGACGGAAGUUUAGACGGAUCGGAGCAGCCCAAGUUCCGACGAAAUCGCACCACUUUCAGUCCGGAACAGCUGGAGGAGCUCGAGAAAGAGUUCGAGCGUUCUCACUAUCCUUGCGUGUCUACGCGCGAACGACUAGCCUCCAAGACCUCUCUCUCGGAAGCUCGUGUACAGGUUUGGUUUUCCAACAGACGGGCAAAGUGGCGUCGUCAUCAGCGUAUGAACCUCUUAAAGCGUUCGCCACCGCCACCUCCACCGCCUCCGCCGCCGCCGCCACCGCAGCAGCAGCAGCAGCAGCAGCAGCCACCGCCGCCGCCGCCGCCACAGCAUUCCGCAUCCGGUAUGGAAAUAAGCCGUACGUCAAGCUGCUCAAUCGCCGGAAUGGGAGGAGAAAGUAGCGCGUUCCGCGCGGUCGUCGCCAACUCCUCGUCCAGAGAGACGACGGAUAGGAACGAGAGGAUCGACAGGGUCGAUCCGGUCGCCAAACAGCCCGAAAGAAAACCGAGCGCCUUCAGGAUGAUCAGUCAGUUGGUCGGCGAGGAUUCGCCAAGCAUACCAAGGCCCUCGAGCCCGACAUACGACCACCAAAGGCACGGAUCCAGCCUCGGUCCAGGAGCUCCAUCCGACUCGGCGAACAAAGAUGACUUGGAGCACAUCGAUGACGAGGAGGACGACGAAGAGAUCGACGUUCAAGACUCGGACCAGGACGUUCCCUCCUCGCCAACCGUUGCCUGGCGGGAUCACUGGACGGAUCAGCAACCCUUGGAACUGACCAAACACGAUCGUUGAAUGUCUUCUCCGCGCUCGACGAUCAACAAUCGAUCGAUCGAUCGGUGCAUGGUGUUGUGCUACGUUUGGUAAUCCAUCGAUCCGAAUUCGAACCUUGUCGCGAUUUCAUCGUCUCGUAUCGAGAACGCCUAAAAUCAAAGUACUCCGAAAAAACUCUCGAUCCGUUUCCGUAGAUCGCCGGUGAACCGUCGAGUCCCGAGCUCGGGCGGAACAACGAACUCGAUUCGAUCCUGAAAUUUGAACAUGAACUCUAAAUUGCCGGUUCAGAAUCUCAUCGAGGAACGGUAACGAAUGGGAGAGCCGUUCUAUCGUUUGCUUAAUAUCUCUUACUCUUUAUUCGCAUCGACGAGCUCCGGCCAAUCGCACUUGGUACUUGUGCAGUUUCAUCGGUGAGAUCGUACGACCGCAUUGCCCAGGUUUCGUGCUAGCAAGAGCCCCGAAGAUGCGAAAGGUAGCUGAGAAAUUUCUUUGCUUCCACGAUCGUCUCGGAAUUUGGUCCAACUAGCAGAUUCGACGACGAAACGCGAAAAUGUUGCUCUUUGUACCAAAAAUAUUACUCAUUCCACGAAGAAGAGUCUUUUUCAAUAUUAGGGUGUCCAAAAGGAAAACGACCCGGGCCUUUCUCGAUUUUCGAGAGAGCCUCCUGUACCUAUACAGCUACUUACUACGAUUACGGUCCAUUUAUUACGAUUAAGAUUACGCUAAGUGCUACGAAGAUCGUUGUGUAACGUUAAAGCGCAAUAUACGCCGGGGUCGUUGAGACGUUCGUCAUCGUCAGCCGUGAAUCAUCGGCGAUUUUAGAUAGGUAAUUAAUUGCUUGCUCGAUACGUAUCGCCUACCGAUCGUGAACGGUGCGCUUUUAGAAUUCUACGCGGCGUCGGCGAGACUUCUGAAAGACGCUUAAACGUGCAACGCGCAGAGACAGUGUCCGAGCCUAUUUGGAACUAGUCCUAGCCGAAUCAUUAUUGCCGCGGAUAAUGUAUCGUCUAGGCACAGCAUAGAUAGGAGUAGGUGUCGAAACGAUAAACUCUGUAAGCAAACUCUGUUAAAUCGACUUUUAUUUAAAUGAAUUCGUUUGUAAA